UAUCUUACUUGUCGUAUGUUACUAGUGUGUUAAGUUGUUUUUAUACACCAGGAAUUCUUACAAUCCCGUUAGCACUCUCAGCGAUGACAGGAUAAUAAAAUGUUAGUAUCUAUGCAUGUGGAUAAAAUAAAAGUGACUCUGUUUCUGUUAUAAGGAUAUUACGUUUUAGAGAAAACAGAAGCCCAUACAGGUGCAUGCAACAGCGCCCCAGCUGAAAAUAAAUGUGCAGGGCGCCAUAUUAAGAUGAAGAGAAGAACGUGACGUCACUAGAGAGCUGUGACCAUGGGGAACUGCCUGGACACUCCAGCGCCACCUGUGGAAAGACGCAGAUAUGCUGAUCCAGCCCGACCCAGCAGCCUCUACCAGCCGUACACCCUCUACCCCGGGUACGUGCGGCACAGCAAGUUUGCCGGGCAGCCCGAGUAUCCGGCCGGCAGACUCUCGGCCUACCCGGUCACGUCACCGUACCCCCAGUUUGAGGACCGCCACUCGCUGAGCUACGAUGAAUGGUCAGCUAAACAAUAUUACGAGCAGGUGCAAUUUAGGGGACAAUAUGGAGUCCUCCCGCCGAAUGCUGUCCCCCAUUUUACCAAUGGUGUCACCCGUCCAGCAAAUGGUGUCAAACACCAAACAAAUGGUGUCGCACACAGGGAUAAACCGAAGGACACCAAGAAUCGCCAGUCAACCGUCAUCAAAACCUUCCCGAACCCACAAGAUGACGUCAUCAAAAGGGGGACCCAGGUCAUCCUAGCGAGCAGCACGGCCCCCGUCUCCCUGAGCAUCAACGGGAGGGACGCGCAGCAAGUCCCAGCCUCAAAAGAAACAUCCGGCAAGAGGGGUAGCACUUACAUCACCUACAUACAAGACCCGCCCCCACCACCCCCCGAAGAUGACGUCAAAUCGAGCGCGUCAUCGAACCACGACGAGCCAGAGGUGGUGCAGACGACCUCGCAGGUGUUCCAGCUGUUCAUAGACGAACCUUUCUCGCCUCCCCCCAGCAGUCUGGUGAAGAGCUCCGACACGGUCACCAAGAUGGCGAGAAAACUGCCGCCCAAAGAUGUCGUGCUGUGUUACGGCGCUUUGGAUGAUACCGUCACAAAAGUCAAAAAAUCGAUGGAGUCUGCAGGUCUGACCGUCUGGCUGUCUAGAAUCAAAUCCAUCACCACUGAGGAAGAUUUUCAGUUGGCCGCUCAAGCUGUGGUCAACUGUAAGAUGCUGGUGGUCCUUCUAAAGUCGGACACGGUCAAUCUUCGACCGUUGAGAGACCAAGUCUCAUUGGCUCAGAUCUGCGACAAGGUCAUCUUUCCCGUCUCGGUUGACCUGCCGCUUGACGUCAUCACCACGAUGGAGAUGGGCAUCAAGCUGCAACUCGGGUCCUACAAGUGGUUUGAGCUCUCUGUCAAGAACACGCUGGACCUGUCCAUUCUACAGAUGGUGCGCCACGUCAAGGAGGAAAUUAGCGUAAUAGGUGGAUAUGACGUCAUUGACGAGGACUUUGGUCAAGUCAGCUCUAAGCCGAGAAGCGAGAAAAUCUCGCGCCAACACAAACUGAAGCGGAUGUUGUACCUGGGCAAUCACGUGACCGCUGCGCACUUCUGGGACACACACUAUGGUGACCUUGGCCCCAAGGUCACGUGGGAUAGGUUCCUGCAAGACCUGCGGCAGGCGUACCGUGAGUUGAUCAACUGCAGCAUCCCUAAGUCCUGCCACGCCCACCUGGACCACGUCCUGCGCAGUGAACUCACCUUUGACGGGACGGUACGCAAGGAGAACUUCAUAGAAUUUUGCAAGGAUUUGGGAACAGACAGAGAUGUUUGGGAAGUGGUUCACUCUGUUGCCAUGGUAACGCAGGCCAUGCGUGACGUCUUCGAUUCCAAUUCUACUGUGAGGGCAGUGGCUAUUAACAAUAUCGGCAAGUUCCUCAGCUCGACAAUCCUGACGUGUCUGAGGUCACUCAUGGCUGACGCUGACCCCAGCAUCCGGUCUGCCAGUGUGUCCACCCUGGCCACCUGCAUCCAGGCCACUGACCACGUCUCGGUCAAGGCUCUUGUCGACUCGCUAGAUGACGGGGAUCACGUGGUACGACUGGAGGCCUGUAAAGCGGUGGCUUGCCUUAAAAGCCAGGAAGCCGUUGAGAAACUCCUGCUUUUGUGGCAUAAUGACGUCAUACCCCAAGUCCGGCACGCUGCUGGGGCGGCCUUGACACAGAUUGGCGGACGAGAAGUUCAGCAGGCGAUGAAAUCAACAAACGUUCAGCCAGCAGAAGUCAGCCAGAGAGAGUACAUCAUCAGCAGUUGAGACGUCUGGCUCUCAAGAUGGCGCUGGGACAGGGGCGGAACUACCAUACCGCCAGACCCCGCAAUGCGGGGGGGGGCCAGGACGUUUAGGGGCCCAGUUCCUACCAAAAAACAUUGAAUUUUUUUUUCAAAAAUUAUGUUUUUCAUGCAUCUUGAAAGUGGUUUUGUAAAAAAAAAACAACAGAUCUACUAUAGCAGAGAUUGUUGCGUAGAAAAAUAUUUUAAAAUCUACAAGAGCUAUAGUUUGAAAGGUAGGUAAACAUUCACACUACUUCCAUGACUUACUGCCCUUCUUUAAAAUAGGGAUGCCCACGAAGCUCAUUUAAAUAGUUUUGUACUAUGUAUAUUAAAAAGCAAUUGAUUCUCUGAAUUGCUACUUAAAUAUGACGUACUAUACAAUAAUAUAGAUAUAAAAAUCAAUGUUUUCAAAAUUGAUAUUAUAAAAGCCAAAAAUGAAAAAAAUAAACAUAACGCGAGAAACCAUUCACGAAUCAAGCUAACGUCUUUAUAUA